AUGAAAAUCGUAAACGGGUUGGAGGUCGAACUAGAACAUAUUGGAAUUAUUAUAACUAGUUGUCCCAAUGCACAUGGAUAUCGGAGCGCAACUUGUAAUUAUUGUCCAAAGCAUUGGGGACGUGAUGCCCAGGGGAAAUGGAAAAAGCCAAGUACUGCUGAAGCAACAAAUAAUAUUCUUGUAACUUCGGAAUUCAUUGACCUUACUAAUCCAUCAAUUUUUCCUGUUCCUCGACCGCAAACAUCGAUGCGUAACAAUAUAACAAAUCAAAAUCAGUUCAGAAAUGUGAAUUAUAAAACUCGGGAUUUAAUAGAUAGAAUGUUUGAAGAACAUGGUGAAAGUUAA